UGUUAUAGCAUUCUAGAUCAGCCUCGACUCUCUUCGCUCUGUCGGUUCUCUCUCAUCCUCUCUGCAAGUCGGUGUCCGCAAUCCUUACCCAAAUCCCCCCGUCUGUCCUAAAUUUUCUCUGAUUCUCCCUGGGUUUUCAUUUUCUUGGGUUUUUAGCUUCAGGGUAGCAGAGUUUAAGCUCUAGAUUGUAGUGGUUUCUGCAUUUUUGUAUCUGGGUUCUGCUCAGUUCUUCCCAGGGUUUUGCUUUCUCCAGGUUACCUAGUGUGAUUUUUGGUAGUUUGGGUGUGAUCGGGUUGUUUCUUGGAGGAGCCGAGUUCGUGAUUUGGCUUGGAAGACUAAAUUUCGUCUGGGUUUGCUUCCAAUCAUCUAAUCACCUGAUCUAAUGGCGGAUCUUAGUGAUCGAGGAUCAGAAUCUGAAGAGAUGAAUAACCAAGCACAAACCCCUGACAGGGUAUCUUCAGAGACAAGUGGGCAGAUCAAGACGUGCGCUGAUUGUGGAACCACCAAGACCCCUCUAUGGAGAGGUGGCCCAGCCGGCCCCAAGUCGCUUUGCAAUGCUUGUGGGAUAAGGAGCAGGAAAAAGAGAAGAGCUCUUCUGGGUCUCAACAAAGAUGACAAGAAACCCAAGAAGGCAUCUGGGAACAAGAACACCAUUGCAGCCCCUCAAAACAGUGGAACUACAAGCGAUAGCGGGAGUAGCAGCGGUGGGAAGAUCGGAGGAGUUCCACAGCCGGUGAGGAGAAAGUUGGUGCCUUUUGGAAUUGGGAAACAAGUGGCGCUGCAGAGACCGAGAUCGCAGCAGCAGAGGAGGAAGAUUGGGGAAGUAGAGCGUGCGGCUUUUGUGUUGAUGUCUCUGUCUUGUGGCUCUGUUUAUGCUUAGGAUUCAAGUGUAUUAGUGAGUGUAGUUAGAUGAUGACUAGAAACCCCCCAAAAAAAAAACAAGGGCAAAAAGAUCUCAAGUUGAGAUGGCUCUUUCAAAUGUAUGAGAUCCAAUCAUGUAAUUCCCCAAGCUGAUUAAUUUAUUGAAAUUUAUUUAGAGUUUGGUAUCA